AUGCCAGAGGAGAGUAACCUAAACUCCAAAGACUUCUCCACCACGAUGAAUAAAGAGAAAUUAAGGGAAAAGAUCAACGCUAAUAAAGACAAAAUUCCAGAACAUGUUUUAAAAGUCAUAGAAGAAGAGCUUACAAAACUGCAGAGUUUAGAAGCCACUUCAAGCGAUAAUGAUGCCACCUAUAACUACCUUGAUUGGUUGAUCGUUUUGCCUUGGGAAAAUUUCAGUUCUGAGAAUUUUGAUGUCCCACGUGCAAAAAAGAUUCUUGACGCUUUUGGAGCUAACAAAAAUCAAAACCAGGAACUGGAUAUUCAUAAACGUCUGGAGUUGACGCUGGGAUUGGUUGAAAAACAAGUGGAAAUUAACAAGAAGGUGAAAUAUCCACUUUGUGAAGUCGAUUAUGGCAAUUCCUCUAGCAAUUAUGAGUAUCUUGUUUGGCUGACCGUGUUGCCUUGGGGGAAUUUCAGUAAUGAGAAUUAUGAUGUCCUACGAGCUGAAAAGAUUCUUAACGAGGAACAUUACGGACUAUCCGAUGUAAAAGAAAGAAUACUAGAGUUUAUUGCUGUGGCAAGUCUUAGAGGCACUUCACAAGGGAAAAUCAUUUGUCUCUCAGGACCUCCUGGAGUAGGAAAAACAAGCAUUGGGCGUUCGAUUGCACGUGCUCUUGACCGCAAGUUCUUUAAGUUCUCUGUUGGAGGACUAUAUGAUGUUGACGAGAUUAAGGGUAAUCGGCGAUCAUAUAGAGGUGCCAUGCCUGGAAAGAUGGUGAAAUGUCUAAAGAGCAUGGGAACAUCAAAUCCUCUUGUUCUCAUCGAUGAGAUUGAUAAGCUUGGAAGGUACCACCACCAUGGCGAUCCAGCCAAUGCGUUGUUGGAGCUUCUCGAUCCAGAGCAGAAUGCAAAUUUUCUAGACCACUAUCUCGAUGUGCCUAUUGACUUAUCAAAGGUUUUAUUUAUAUGCACAGCAAAUGCGACAGAUUCGAUCUCAGAACCUCUGCUAGACAGAAUGGAGGUGAUUAGUAUCGCAGGGUAUCUCACUGAUGAGAAAAUGCAUAUUGCUAGAGAGUAUUUGGUGAAAAAGACAUGCAGAGAUUGUGGGAUUAAGCCUGAACAGGCUGUUGUGAGCGAUGCAGCUCUUCUUUCGUUGAUAGAAAAUUACUGCAGAGAAGGAGGAGUUAGAAAUCUUCAGAAGCAUAUUGAGAAGAUUUACCGCAAGAUUGCUCUUAAACUAGUACGCCAAGGAGCAUCCAAGGAACCGCCUGUAAGUGAAACAGUGUUUAAGGUUGUGAUUGAUGAAUCAAACCUUGAAGAUUAUGUAGGCAAACCAGUAUUCCGCGGAGAGAAGAUGUAUGAACAGACACCAGUAGGGGUUGUAAUGGGUCUAGCUUGGACAUCCAUGGGUGGCUCAACAAUGUACAUAGAGACAACCUUUGUAGAAGAAGGAGAAGGUAAAGGUGAUCUUCGUGUAACGGGUCAGCUCGGAGACGUGAUGAAAGAAAGCGCAGAGAUAGCUCACACAGUCGCCAGAAGAAUCAUGCUUGAGAAAGAACCUGAGAACCUCUUCUUUGCGAAUUCCAAGCUUCAUCUACAUGUUCCUAAAGGAGCCACACCAAAAGAUGGUCCAAGCGCAGGCUGCACAAUGAUCACUUCGUUGCUAUCACUUGCCAUGAAGAAGCCCGUGAGGAAAGAUCUUGCUAUGACCGGAGAAGUCACCCUAACCGGUAGAAUUCUUCCAAUUGGCGGCGUUAAGGAGAAGACUAUAGCUGCGAGACGGAGUCAAGUGAAGAUGAUAAUAUUUCCGGAGGCUAAUCGUAGAGAUUUCGGUGAGCUACCGGAAAACGUGAAAGAAGGGCUCCAUGUUCAUUUCGCCGAUGAAUAUGAGCAGAUUUUCGAACUAGCCUUUGGGUAUGAGUAUGACCGAUGA